AUGUUGAUUGUGGGACGGGCCGUUGCAGGAAUGGGAGGUUCAGGCCUCGUCAACGGAUCCCUCACGAUUCUCUCAACAGCUGCUCCUAAGCACCAGCAACCAGUUUUGAUCGGAGUGAUGAUGGGUCUUAGUCAGAUUGCCAUCGUCUGUGGACCACUGCUCGGAGGCGCGUUCACUCAACACGCCACCUGGCGAUGGUGCUUUUAUAUCAAUCUCCCCAUCGGGGCUGUCGCUGCAUUCCUCCUUCUCGUCAUCACUAUACCCAACCGAAUUCCAUCCGCCGCUGGCGAACUCUCGACCGACAAACCAAUGACCAAUGCCAAAUCUAUACUUCGUAAACUAGACCUUGUAGGCUUCGUGGUCUUCGCAGCCUUCGCAACCAUAAUUUCCCUCGCACUAGAGUGGGGAGGAUCGACCUACAAUUGGCGAAGUUCCGUCAUCAUCGGCCUGUUCUGUGGCGGAGGGUUUGCUCUGAUUGCAUUCGUGAUAUGGGAGCGUCAUGUUGGCGAUGCGGUUGCCAUGAUUCCUGGUUCGGUCGCCGGUAAACGACAAGUAUGGUGCUCUUGCCUCUUCAUGGGCUUCUUUUCCGGCUCCUUGCUUGUCUUUUCCUACUACCUACCCAUUUACUUCCAGGCUGUGAAAGAUGUUUCCCCCACACUGAGUGGUGUGUACAUGUUGCCUGGAAUUCUUGGGCAGGUCGUUAUGGCUAUGGUUUCGGGAUUCGUAAUCGGAGAGACGGGAUACUACUUGCCCUGGGCCCUAGGCAGCGCUAUUCUCGUCGCCAUAGGCGCUGGUCUAGUAUCCACCUUCCAGCCGCAUACAUCAACUGUGAAAUGGGUGAUGUACCAAUUCAUCGCGGGCUUCGGUCGUGGGUGUGGAAUGCAGACGCCCAUCAUCGCCAUCCAAAACACACUUUCCCCCGAACAGGUUGCCCUCGGAACUUCUCUCGCCAUCUUUGGACAGACAUUUGGAGGAUCGCUCUUCCUUAACUUCGUUAACCUUGUCUUUGGGUCCGGUCUGAGCACUGGCCUGAGCGAGUGUGCGCCCGCCGUCGACAGGCAGGCCGUGACUGCAGCGGGGGCGACGGCGUUCAGAGAUGUGGUCAGCAAGAAGAACCUUCAAGGGGUUUUGAGCGCUUACAGUUUGGCGGUCGAUCAUACUUUUUAUUUAACAGUAGGCGCUUCGGUGUCCACGUUCGUGUUUGCCUUUGGAAUGGGGUGGCGGAAGAUUAAAACCAAAGACGACACUGAGGCUAUGUCUAAGAGUGGUGCUUGA